UGUUCAGACAUUGACAUCACUUUGUAACAACACUUACAGCUCUGCAAGCUGGAGAAAUUUUAAAUUUUGUUUGAAAGUCAAAUCAUGGAUUUCAGGCUAUUUUUGCUGAUCCUGCUUCUACACAUUUCAGGCUCUCUAACAUUAGACGAACUCUCUGUGACUUGUAAAAACAUUUGUGCUCUGAGGGAAACCAGUGUGCAGUUGAAGUGCACCUACAACAACAUCCCAUUUAAAUCUGUGUUCUGGUUCAGCUGGAAACAAAGUCCAAACUGGAGGAAAAACAAUGAACCUGAAUAUUUAGAUUUAGAUUUUGACUACUCAGGACGAGUAAAGCAAAGCUUUAACAAUGACUGUUCAAUACUCUUAAUAUCAGAUGUGAGUGAGCGAGACUCUGGGGAAUAUCAGCUCAUGUUCAUCAUGAAGGAUGGAGUUAAACGUCUCGCCUCAGUCGCUGUUAAUUUAACAGUAACAGAUUUGCAGGUAAAGAUGAGUCCUGCAUCUACAAACACCAGAGGUCAGGCAGUAAAUCUGACCUGUGAUACUUCAUGUGAUUUGACAUUCAAGCCAAAAAAUUACUUCUGGAAAAAAAAUGGACAAUAUAUAGAAGGUCUUCAUGCUAGAAACAUCACUGUGCUUUCAACAGAAAUGGAUGGCAGUUACUCCUGUUUUCUUACUGCAGACCUUAAAAAUUCCUCCUCUCCUGUUUGUGUUUCUAAGAGUGGCUGCUGGGAUGUGUCUUACAACUCUAGAAGAGUCUGUGCCUUGACUGGAGAUUUCAGGGAUCUGCGUGAGGAGCAUCAGUUUGCUGGUCGUGUGGAGUUUGUGGAGAACAAACUGAGAAUCAAAGAGCUCAAGAUCAGCGACUCUGGAGAAUAUCAAUUCAGGAUCAUCACAGACAAAACAGGAGGAACAUACUCUGGUUCACCUGGAGUCAUUCUCACUGUUACAGGUACAAUGAUGGUGUUAUCAUAUUACUUGUGA